CAAUUAAUUUAUAAUUUAACAAAAUAAAACUCACACUUUUUUCCCGUGUCGUAUUCAUGCAUAAAUAUUCAUGCACUGGCCAGAGAUUCCAUCGGCACCACUCCGCCUUUUUCCACUCUUCGCAAAAAUCUCGUUCUCCAUGGGGAACUCAGCGUCUUGUGCUCCUUCCAUGGUCUCCAAUGGCGCCGCCAAGGUCUUAUCCUUGGACGGAAAAUUGGAGAGCUACACGAAGCCAGUGAAAGCUGCGGAAUUAAUGAUAGAGAAUUCCGGCAAAUUCCUCUGCGAUUCCGGCGAUCUCAAAGUCGGCCACCGGAUUCAAGGCCUUCUGCCUGACGAAGAUCUCGAGUGCCGCCGAUUGUACUUUCUCCUCCCGAUGGAUCUGCUCUACUCCGUGCUAACGCUCGAGGAAAUGAGUUCUCUCACUUACAUCGCCACAAAAGCCCUAAAACAGGGGAAUUCGAGUGGAUUUGGGAGGAUCUUCCCUGUUUUGAUCAGCGAAUUGUGCAUUCUUCCGUCGGAAGUGAAUCGGUUGAAAUCGGAGCACAGCGAUCGAGAGACCGAAAAUUCGACGAAGAAGCCGGUGCAGAGAUUGAUGUCGAAGCAGAGAUCGUGGAAGCCGGCGCUCGAAACCAUUGCAGAAACUUCGUGCACAUAGAAGAGAAGACGGAUACGAUCGCAAAUAUGUGAGAGAUGAGAUUAAUUACAUUACGACAAUAAUUGGCAGUAUUUUUGCUUCGUUAAUCGGUAGAUAUAAUAAACAUUCGAUUUUUUUUUUUAAUAA